AGAGUAUUCAUCCAUCUCCACGAGUUUCCUUUCCUGUUCCCUUUUCUUGUCUUUCCUUUCCUUUCCUUUCCUUUCCGAAUUCUAUUAUAUUCGAUUGGCGACUGGGUCGUUCUAAUUUUUACCAUCUUCAUAUAACUGGGUUAUUUCUUUACUUUUCUUUCCUUCUUUGCUUUUCCUCUGUUUUACGGCCUAUCAUUCGCCUUCACACUCGCCCAUCCACGACUACUGCGACAAUUACGGCUACGAACAAAAAUGCUAAACCUAACCCGUUUCUCCCGCUUCGGCACAGGCCAAUGCACAAAGCCUAUCUUCCUCUUCUCCCUCGUUGCCCUCUCCAUCUCCCUAAUCUUCACCUCCUUCCUGUUGACGGGGAGCUCCACCCCUUCGCUCCGAAAGUUCUACUUGAUAGAGCUAAGUUACGAUACCGAUACCAGCAGCCCCUCCCCCGUUAUCGCCAAUCUCACAUCCCUCAUCUCCUCCGACCGUGGUAACAAGACGUUCUCCACCAUCCGCGUGGGCUACCGUAGCUUGUGCAUCGACCACAACGGCGACUGGGAGUGCGCACGCGACGCUAAAGCCCUGAACCUCACUGCGAAGGAGGUUGGCGGGGAUCCCUUGGAACUGGUCGCUGUGGCGGACAUAUACCGCAAGAGGAUUAGCUUUAGCACACCCGUCUGGGCAAGCCUGGUAGUGUUGGGGAUCGCGUGGAUCGCUACCGCUAUUUCCUGUUUGCCGGUUAUUCCUGUGCACCCUGUGUUCAAGAAGGUUGCUGCUGGAGCGGCGGUGUUGGCCACGGUGACGCUGUUGGGUGGGAUGGUAUUGCAGAACGUCACUUCGUGAGUUGCCCCUCCUCUUUCUCUCCACCCCCAUCCCACUCCCUCUCUCAAUCUUAUACGAUACUGACCUAUGAGGGUUACAGAACCGCGGUAGCAACACUCGUUAACCAACUCGGCCUGACCGCCAUAAACGUACACCUCGGAAAUAUGAUCCCGGCCUUCGGCUGGUCUUCCUUCGCCCUUACACUUCUCGCGGCGAUUGGUCUCGCUGCUGUGGUAGUGACGGAGUACACCCUGGAAAAGACACAAGAGAAGGUAACACGCAGGGCCGAGGAAGCGCUAUCCAGGGGCACCGGCGGGAGGAUUGGUCCUGCGGAGGUGAGGGAGUGGAAGAAUGCGGUUGAUAGUGUCAAUGAGAGGGGUGGCAGUGCUGGGAGUGACGGCGGAUUUGCGGGAAGGGUGGGAGGAGGGGCGGUGGGGAGGGCCGGGGUUGUUGGGCAGGGGGUUAGCCUUGCGACUAAUCUUAUGAAGAAGAAGAUGAAUGGGGAUGGGAGACCUAUCACCGGUCAUAAUGUUUGA